AUGGAUAGCCUACGAGCUGGUUAUGCUAAAGUGCAAGAAAUUGGUGCUAAGAGAAAAGCGGAUGCUAAGGAAAAGAAAGCCAAUGAUCCCAAAUUACCGCAGGAUGUCAGAACAGAAGCGGCAUUAGAUGCACAAAAAUAUAAAAUUCAUGAAGAAAGACACGCAAAAAAAGCACAAUAUUACGAAACAAAAGCAAAACACGAUGACAAAUCAGAUAGACUUUAA